AGUCUCUUCUCUGUCAUCCUUCCAAAGCUCCUCUCCUCCCAUCAAAAGGCCAAACACAUCUGACAUUUUAACACUCUCUCCCUCUCCACUUCAAAUCUUCUGCUGUUUAUAAUGAUCCAGACCCAGAGUGCCCCCAUUGAUUUCCUCCCUCUAAGCCUCUAAUUGUCCAAUAAUCUUUAAGACCCAUGCAGAUUUCUUUCAUGCUUUUUCUUCUUCUUCUUCUACUCUUCUUGUUCUCUCAAUCUUCUCACUCCAUAACAAUCCUAGUAGAUGGUGUUUCUGAGUGGAAACAUCCCAGUGUUCAUGUAGGAGACUCAAUCAUUUUCAAACACAAGCAUCACUACAAGCUCUACAUUUUCCAGAACCAAAGAGCAUUCAAUCUCUGCAACUUCACUCAAGCUUCACUUCUCACUCAGCCCAACUCCACCUCCUACACGUGGUACCCAUCACGCCUUGGUUUCUACUACUUCGCCUUCAACAAUGGCUCUCAGAAAUCUUGCGCUCAAGCUUCUCAAAAACUCUCCAUAAAGGUCCUUCCACAAGCACCGGCUCCAAUUCCAUCACCCACUUCCGGUGGCGGAGUAUCUUCACCGGCUCUUCAACCCAUUAGUGGCUCAAACUCUCCAUUGACUGUACCUACGGUGGUGCCGGAUAAAAGUGGCGGCGGCAUGCCGUUUAUCAAUAGUAAUCCAGCCGUUCCUUUGCCUACCGGUGAAGUUGAUUCAGCUACUAUUCGCCCCUUGUCCGCCUCUGCUCAUCGUCAACAGGUAUCGGUGGGGUUAUUUGGAGCUCAAAUCACUCCAUUUUGUGUGGCAUUGCUUGUAUUACUGUAAUUAUAACUGAAAUUUUUUAGACAGAUGUGCACUCUAUAAUUAAAUAUGAGAUUUAUUAUAAUAUUAAUUAAUUAUUUAUUUAUUU